AUGACCCACUCCGGUCGACUCGCUUUCCACCUGGUCAGCUUGCUUUUCACCACAGAGGAUGUCUGUGUGUACCAGGGACGAGUUGUUCCAGAUCUCGAGUCACAUCAGGCAACCCAUAUUGAAGGUUCUGUUGUUCGAUUCCGCUGGUGCGGCCCGCUCCGACCCUUUCCUCAAACGGUCGUUGGUGCCCCGGCCGCUGGCAAAUAA